GAAAGGCAUGCUUUCCUCGCACUGGCGACUCUUUGCCAGGACCAAAAAAAAAAAAAAAUCAAACAGUCACUGUAUUGUUUAUUCUGUUAAUACACUGAACGCCGAGAGCUACCUACCUGACGAAGUGUCCUGGAAGCUGAGUUGGUGACUGGACUGUGAGAUACUCAGUGGAAUUCUGAAGGAAUCUUCUAAAGUUAUAACAAGGAAUCAAGGAACUCUGUAGAUGGCAGAUGGUCUCUUCACAUUGUGACUGCUGGUGCCGUCCUUAACCAUGCUCAAUCUCAUCAAGCUACCUCAAGUGUUCACAAUCAACCAAGUUCCAAAGGUUUUCCAUGAGGAUGGCAUCAUGUCAGGGUACCGCCACCCAUGCAGUUCUGCCAAAGACUGCGUACUUAGUCUUUUCCAGCUAACUAAUGAGACCCUUAAUAUUUGGACUAAUUUUCUGCCUACCUGGUUUUUCUUAUGGAAACUGCUGACGGUAGUGCUGGUGCAUGGUUAUUGGCAGGAUCCGUUCACCUGGCCCCUGAUGCUGUUCCUGCUGUCAUGCUGUGUGUACCCACUCACAUCCAGCUGUGCUCACACAUUCAGCACCAUGUCAGAACGGGCCAGGCACAUCUGCUUCUUCUUUGAUUAUGCUGCACUCAGCUUCUACAGCCUUGGUUCUGCCAUUACCUACUCCUCAUACAUAUUUCCAGAUAACUGGGUUAAUAGCACUUUCCAUAAAUACUAUGUUCCUAUAGCUGUUGUCAACUCUGUUGUCUCCACUGCACUGGCCUGCUACUCAAGACUUGGUUUGCCAUUCUUUCAGUAUAAUUUUCACAGCAUUAAAAGGUCUUCUGGGAAAUUAGAUGAGAAACUCUGCAGAUGUCUGCGAAUAAUGGCCUUUGUCUAUCCUUAUCUCUUUGACAAUAUCCCUCUCUUUUAUAGAAUUUUUGUUUGCGCUGGUGAAGGUUGCACUGUAAAUGAGGCCAAUACGGUUCAUUACCAGCACACAGCACUGGCCGCUCUCACAAGCUUUCUUUUUGCCACACACCUGCCUGAACGGUUGGCUCCUGGGAGUUUUGACUACAUAGGUCACAGUCAUCAGCUCUUCCACGUGUUUGCUAUUUUUGGCACAUAUUUCCAGAUGACUGCUAUUGAACUGGACAUGGCUGCACGAAGGCAGUGGCUUCAUGCUCAUUUGCCACCAAUCACCCUUUCAAACACUGUGGGAGCUGCAUUCCUUAGUGUGGCCAGCAGUCUUUGUAUAAUUUAUGUCUUCAGUAUUGCACUUUUCUUCAACAGAGGCAUUAAGAAAAAAUGGUUUGUCAGUUGAAGUGACAAAUUAAUAAGAUUUUUAACUCCGGGCAAGCAAGGUAGUUUUCCCUAAAACUGAUUGAAAAUUUUUAGCCAUACAUUGUGUCCAAUAGAAGC